ACACAAACUGUCUCUGGGUUCAGAGUCAAGACUCUCUGGCUGCAAAGGAGAUUACUGAUGGAGACUCCUUCAGAUGAAAAGAUGAUGUCCAUGGAGCCUCUCUUGGAAGCCAGCCAGAGCCAGAAGGGUGGCUUCAGAACCAUGCCAUUCAUAAUAGGUGUAACCAAUUAAACUCUUGUUUCUAUCUUUCUUUUCUUUUCCAUAACCAACAUAAAUCAUGUACAAAUUCAAUUACCAAGAAUGAUCGUGAACUGGGUCAUUUGAUUUUCACGGGUUCCAGUCCAGAAUAACAUAUAUUUCCUGGAAUUUCUUGUGAUCCAAGGCGUGUAUUUCAGUCACUAUGUUUGAUGUUAGACCAAAUGAGGCAUUUGAGAAGGUGGCAAGCUACGGAUUGGCCCCAAACAUGAUUCUAUACCUGAUGAAUGAGUAUCACAUGGACAUGGCCACUGGUUCCAACCUGCUGUUUUUCUGGUCAGCCGCCACUAAUUUCUUGCCGGUUCUUGGGGCGGUGAUAGCUGAUUCUUCGGUGGGUCGGUUUCGGAUGAUCGGAUUCGGGUCCAUUGUUAGUCUCCUGGGGAUGAUACUUUUAUGGCUGACAACUGUAGUUCCACAAGCUAGGCCACCUCCUUGUGACCAUUCUAAUAACAGCUGCAGCCCCCCGACAACAUUCCAAAUCAUUCUGUUAUGUUCUUCUUUUGGGCUCAUGUCUGUUGGAGCUGGGGGUAUCAGGUCAUCUUCAUUGGCUUUUGGUGCAGAUCAGCUGAAGAAACAUGACAACCUGAAAAAUGCCAGUGCCUUGGAGAGAUACUUCAGCUGGUACUAUGUUUCAGCCUCAUUUUCAGUUUUGAUUGCAAUGACUUGUAUUGUGUAUAUCCAAGAAAAAGUUGGCUGGGAGGUCGGUUUUGGAGUUCCAGCAUUGCUCAUGUUCUCGUCGGCUGUUUCCUUCUUUUUGGCUUCUCCCUUCUACAUCAAGUUAAAGGCUAAAUCAAGCUUGCUCACCGGGUUUGCUCAAGUGAUUGUAGCCUCCUAUAGAAACAGACAUCUCACAUUAUCAUCAGAAGGGACAGAACUAUGGUACCACUAUAGAAGGGGAUCAAUUCUGGUUGCCCCUAGUGAAAAACUAAGGUUCCUGAACAAAGCUUGCAUUAUUAGAGAUCCUCAACAAGACACAACCUCAGAGGGAAGAUCUUCAGAUCCAUGGAGUCUUUGCACGGUAGACCAAGUAGAGGAGCUAAAAGCACUGAUCAAGAUCAUCCCAUUGUGGUCGACUGGAAUCAUGAUUUCUGUGACAAUCAGUCAGAGCUCUUUUCCGGUCCUCCAGGCCAUGUCCAUGGAUCGUCAUAUCACUUCAGGCUUCGAGAUUCCAGCAGGCUCGUUUGGCAUGUUCCUGGUUAUUUCCCUGACUCUAUGGAUUGCUCUUUAUGAUCGCCUAAUCCUCCCCCUGGCAUCAAAAAUCAUGGGAAAUCCUGUCUAUCUCAGCUCUAAACAUAGAAUGGGAAUCGGCCUCUUCUUCUCUUUCGCAGCAAUGGCAGUCACAGCUAUUGUGGAGAGUAUCAGGAGGGCCAUUGCAGUCAGCGAAGGAUUCGCUGAUAAAUCACAAGCCAUGGUGAACAUGUCUGCACUGUGGCUAAUACCUCAAUACUGCUUGAGUGGCUUGGCCGAGGCUUUCAAUGCAAUCGGGCAGAACGAGUUCUACUACUCAGAGUUCCCCAGAAGCAUGUCGAGCAUCGCAUCGAAUCUCAACAGUGUGGGGAUGUCGAUUGCGAACGUGGUAGCAAGUUUCAUUAUGAGUACCAUCAAUGAUGUUACUGGAAGGGGAGGGAAGGAGAGUUGGAUAUCAAGCAAUAUCAACAAGGGUCAUUUUGAUUACUACUUCUGGCUUCUUGCUGGCCUGAGUCUGGUUAAUAUCAUGUACUUCUGUGUUUGUAGCCGUGCUUAUGGUCCUUGUGUGGUAGAAAGGAGGAGGGAUUGGGAUGAAGGGGAUGAUGAGAUAGCAGCUGAAUGAGAGUUGGCCAAGCUCAGGAUGUUGGAUCGUUAAUUUUUGUAUAAAGUAUUAAAUAGUUUAUAAAUUAUAAAGAUUUAUUUUCUUUGAUUGAAAUUCGAUCUACAAUACUUUUUUCUUUUUUAUUUCUUUUUUCUUUCUAGGUUUACAACAGUCUCUUCCCUUCAUUUCCAUAUUCAUAGCCACUCUGUUUCCUU